AUGGGUACUGCUGGGGAUAUUCGAGCUCGUCUCCGAGCAAAAUUCUCUAGAAGAAACUCGGCUGCACCGUCCUUGACGUCCAACGGCACCGGCACGAGCACCAACGGUGAUGCUCAUGGCUCGCAGCAAGCGGAUGGAACGAGUCUUACGCGGCAAUCCUCGGCCGCUGCAUCCAUUCCCAGGUCGCGGGCGAGCUCCCAGCAUCCGCACCCACAUGCGCACCUACCACAUUCCACACCUCCCUCGCGCUCGCCAACUCCGCACCAGCCAGAUCACGACCUGCAGCAUCUGCAGACUCCGCCACAGUCCGCCACACCCUUAGUGACAGGCAGCCCUGGCGACCACCCGCUGCAGCAGAGAUUGAAUGCAAUUACGGCAACGGACACAGUAGCGCGAGGCGCGCAUGCUGAAGAGGAUCAACUGGAAGAGCGCUUGUUGCCACAGUCGUCGUCGCCUUCAUCAGAACAUCAACAGGUCCAACAACAUGAUGACCCGAUCAAUCAUGGAACUCAAGAUGGCGGUGCGUCUCUCAACAGCGACAACCCGUUGGUGACAGAGGACACCCCAACUACUGCUGCAACUGAACCAGCGGACAACCACAGGUCCGCAAGUAGCGCCAGCAACAGGACCAACACAGACACUGUGCACGAAGCCCACAAGCCACACCCCAACCUUGACUCGCUGGCUCCCAUGCAGCCCGCGGCGCCUGACCGACGCUUGGUUAGUGAACCGAUGGACAACAGUCUGCGCUCAUCCUCAACCACUCCUGCUGUUGCAACUGCACUUAGUAACAGCCUCCCCAUCAUCAACGAGGACCAGACUCCCGAAGCCGACGACAAAGAGAAAACCCUACAUCUUUCACAGCCGCUUCCGCUGCCGCAGGUUCACCAGCCACUGCCGCCCAAGAUCGACGCGGCACCCACCGUUACUCUUGAGGCUGUUUCUGCUGAGGACCUGAGCGACGACCAACUUGAUCCCCUUAGCCAUGCCCUCGGCACCCCGACACCCCUCGCAGCCAGCAUCCUCACAACCUUGCCGCGGCCAUACGGCACCCCCCGUCGACAGAGCCUCCUACCGAAUCGCCAAACGACGCUAAUCCGCAAUUUGCUCGAAGCACGGGCAGACCACGAAGUCGACCCAGCCGCCACCGAUUCGCUGCUUCCAAACAUCGCGAACAUGGUCACCCGCAAGGUCUGGGUCAGACGCCCUGGUGCCUCUCCCACCCUCAUCACCAUUAAUGGAGAUGACCUAGUUGAUGAUGUGCGCGAUAUGAUUUUGAGAAAAUAUGCCAACUCCCUGGGCCGACACUUCGAUUCUCCCGACCUUACUCUACGCAUAUGCCCGCGCGAACAAAGUCACGAUCGUCUCCUGGGCCCGGAAGAGCCCAUGGGUCGCACUCUCGAUGCGUACUUUCCUGGCGGACAGAACGUUGAAGAGGCCUUGCUCAUCGAUCUACCCAGCCGCCGCACGCCAAGGCCAUCACCUCGCGUUCCUACACAUACUACAACCAUAUGCUACAACGAUGAUGCCAGACCUUCUGAGGCCGGCGAAGGGUAUUUCCCUCCCGUAACGGGAACGGCAUCUCUUCCGUCGCCGAAUCUGCCGGUUCCUCUUGUCGCCCCAGUCACUGUUCCUGCGACGCAUCCCGUUCAUCCCGUGCACGCCCAUACCACGCAGCAUUCUAUUGCAAUUCUUGGGACUGGCCAAGUACCGCCGAUACCCUCACCGAGACCCCGCCCAUACCGAGAUCACCCCGAUCGUCCUCGCCUGGGAAGGACACAUACCUCAUCGCCUACCAUCCUGAACCAGACCAAUGUCCAGUCCAUGACGCCGGCCGCAGCCGCCGCUACGGCCGCUCACCCUGCCCAUUCGUUUAACCCACGGCUACCACCUUCAAGAACACACUCGAAUACCUCGGAACAGUCCAAUGUUCCACCGGCUGCCCCUCCACUUCCAACCCCUCCUGCCCCUGAGAUCCAAUCGGUUAGAGUCGCAACCCCUCCACCAAAGAUUGCCUCUCCUCGACCAACAAUUCCUCGACCCAAUAAGCCUAAUACUACUAAGAAGGCUGACCAUCCGACUCUGCCGGCCGGCAUACUGAACGGCGGAGUACCGCCCAUCAACGUACUAAUUGUAGAGGAUAACCCAAUCAAUCUCAAGCUACUUGAGGCCUUCGUUAAGCGCUUAAAGGUGAGGUGGAAAACGGCCGUCAACGGCCGCGAUGCUGUUACCAUGUGGAGGACCGGCGGGUUCCAUCUAGUAUUGAUGGAUAUUCAACUUCCCAUCAUGAGUGGAUUGGAGGCCACUAGGGAAAUUCGAAGGCUAGAGAGAGUCAAUUCGAUUGGCGUCUUCUCUUCGUCUGCGUCAAGCGUGCCGGAGGCCCCUAACGGCGAGCCCGAGGAGAAAGAUAAAUUGACGAACAUGGAGCUUUUCAAGAGUCCCGUCAUCAUAGUGGCCCUGACUGCCAGCUCUCUGCAAAGCGACAGACAUGAGGCACUGGCCGCCGGUUGCAAUGACUUUCUUACGAAGCCUGUCAAUUUCGUUUGGCUGGAGAGGAAAGUUAUGGAAUGGGGUUGCAUGCAGGCCCUCAUCGACUUUGACGGAUGGAGGAGGUGGAAAGAUUUCUCUCAGCAAAACGACGAAGCUGAGGCGAAGAAGUCCGCCGCUCUGAAGACGAAGGCAAAGAAAAAUCGUUUAUCGAUGACGUCUGUUCCGGCAUAA